AUGAGACAUUACAAGUAUUUGAUGCUUUUGUGUAAAGCCGAUGGUUCUCAUAGCACGAAAUACGCUCUUGAAUGUCUUCACCAGUUGUUGCUUGUUAACGGGGUUAUGAGCAAAAAAGAUGCGGAAGUAUUCAUAUGGAAUAGGUCUGUAAAUAACCAUGGUGGAAUGGGAAUGAAUAUUCCUCUUGAUUUGGAAGUUGAACACAGUAACAAUUACGUUAAACAAGGAAUACGUAACUUGGGUGCAAAUGUUACCGAGAGUGCUGUUACAAGAAUCUCCAGAGCAGAGAAAGCAGUUAGAGGAGUCAUCAACAAGGUAGAUAGAGGGCUUCAUUGUGCUGUUAGUUCCGGAAAACAUUCCGAACGGUCGCAAAAAUCUGACUUAGAAAUGAUUUUGAAAAAUUUACAAGAAAGAAACAUUUUCGAAACUGAAGAAAGGCAUUAUGGGCACUUUCCAAAUUUUCAGAGGGAUCCAAUUUUAAGCUUGGACAUGUCCCAAAUGUACAAGUGGAUAGAAGAUCACAAAAAUAAAUUUGCAUCGGGCCUAAAAGCCAGAUAA